AUGUUAACGAAAAUUACAGUGGAAGAUGCAUCAAAGAAGCAUUCAAUGCAUACUAGGUUGCUUUAUGGAGUUGCAUAUGGGCAUACCUGGUUUGGCAGAUGGGGCUACAAGUUCUGCCCCGGGAGCUCUGGAAUAUCUGAGUGCAAGUAUAACAGGGCAAUCGAGAACCUAAGCUCAAUCGCGCUUGAUGAGAUAAUCUGUAAUUUUGGUAACACGAAGCAAGGCCAAGAAAUCAAGCGAAUUGUUCAGUUUUACAGAGAUUUGAGUGAAACCCAAUUGACCACAGUCAGAGAUCUUCUCUGGUUCAUGCUUACUUUGAAUUUAUUAUCUCCUGCAGAGAGAAAAUCAACCAUGGGUGCCUCUGCAACUUCCUCUGCUCCACAGCCUUUAACCAGAACAGUGAAGGAUAUCUCAAAGCAGAAACAUGGUAAAUAUAGGGACUUUGCUACUUCAGUUGCUAGCAUAGAUAGCAGGUGGCCUGCAAGAAGAUUACAAUAUGCAGCACAAAGGAUUGUGGAUGUAUUGAGAGAAAAGAAAGGCAGCAAGCCUGGCAAUGGUGGAAUUUCUCGAAAGGAACUGCGUGAUGCAGCUCGGGUACAUGUUGGAGACACAGGAUUGCUAGAUUUCGUGAUGAAAUCACUGAAUAAAGUGAUUGUUGGUAACUAUCUUGUAAGUCGUGACUUUAAUUCCUCAACUGGGGUUUUGGAAUAUGCAAGUCAAGAACUUGCCAAUUGUGCUCAGGUCCCUGAAUUAGAACCUAAAAUGGUGCCCUGCCAAAAUCCAGCCUCAGCUCCUGGAACAUGUUCUGAUAUUUGCAAUGAUGUGGUUUAUCUGUAUAACCACGUUCUACUGCAUUGCCCGGGAUUGGACCUGGUUGAGUUGCCAAGUCACAUAGUUUUGGAGAGCAAUCACUUUGUGAAGCAGUGGCCAUUGAAGGAUGAAGAAGAUCAAUCGUUGAGAUUCCUCUGUCGAGUCGUGCCAAGUCUGUUUGAUUGUACUAGGCUUUUGCAGCCUGGGGAGUUUAUUAUGGUUCCACUGAAUGCUACAGUUGGUGAGCUAAAGGAAGCUGCCCAGAGUGCUCUGAGGGAUACUUACUGUAUUAUGGAGCAUUUUGAGGUACAUGAAGUUGAAGAUGUGGAGGAAAUGGAUAGAGAAAUGUCAAUAGAGGGAAUUCUUGAAGUUUGGGUUAGAGGUAGUGGAAUGGAUUGGGGUACUGAGUUGAUGUAUCAAGGUGGACCGAACAAUUGGACCGUAAGAUGCGAUUGUGGGGUUCAGGAGGAUGAUGGGAAAAGGAUGGUGGCUUGUGACAACUGUGACGUGUGGCAGCAUACCCACUGCGUCGGGAUUGAAAAUGAAGACACCAUUCCGUUGAUCUUCUUGUGUUCUAAGUGCUCUGCUUUACUUAUGCUGCCAAGAAUCGAUGCUGGCUUGGGGUCGGGGUCUUCUGAAUUUUCUGAUCCUCUGGUGCUUCCUCCAGCGGCUGAGCUUGGGACAGAAUUCCUGUUCUGAAGCUUGGUGGUUGAUGGAGAAUUGCAAUUUUGUAGGGUGUUGAUGCAUUUCUCCUGCAGAUUUUGUAAGAUACUUAGAAUAGGCAAAGAGAGAAGUAAAUGCAACUGUAAAUGAGUACUUUCAGUUGUUUCAUAGUUUUUUUUUUUUGGUGCUGCGUUUCUUAGUUGAGAAUGGGUUUACAGCAAGUAACUAUGUAAACUGUGUAGUUCAUGAAUAUUUUGCCAUUGGUAUACG